AUGGAGAUUAAUCGAUUUGACAGAAGAGUUGCUAAGCUGGAAGUGCGUGUAUUGGAACAGUCAAAGAAAAUAGCAGAAUUACAAGCACAUGACAAAAAUGAAAUUGAGCAACUGACAGGAACUGAAACUAAAUCGCAGCACACUUCGGGUGCACAAUUUGCUAAUUCUACUUCCAAUAAUAGAGUAGAUCCAGAACAUAAAAUCAUAGAAGGUGAAUCGGCUGGCAACGAGAUGAAACAAAGAGAUGUAGCGACCGGUCAUUACCAAAGACGAGCAAUACAAGCACAGGUGGCAUUUUCUGCUUACCUGUCUCAUUUAAAAGACCAUUUGGGAAUCUCUCAAACAGUUAAAUUUGACAAGAUAAUAACAAAUGAUGGAAAUGCUUACAAUGCAGUGACUGGAAUCUUCACCGUACCAGUUACUGGAACCUACGUCUUCAUUUUCUACCUCAACUCAUCCUCUUCAAAUGUUGAGUUCCGUUUGAUGGCUGAUAAUUCCCUUGAAGCAUCCGGCACUUCAAGACCAUUUGAAUUAAAUCAUAGUAAAGAUGUUCAAGGUGGAGGCACGGUUGUUCUACGUUUGAAUCAAAGUGUUGCCGUUUGGAUUGAGAACGUUGGUGCAGAAGCUAUAGUUUACAGCACCAACGUACACAGAUGGGUCACAUUUUCUGGUUUUCUUUUAUACUAACUUUAGGAUAAUUGCCUUUCCUUCUUUAAUUAUUUUCUUAUUUUUAAUCCGUUACAUUAUAGUUAAUCAUUAGUACAAUGACACUGACAAUGACAAUCAAUUUAUUGAAACCGGUCACCGGUCCAUAACAACAAUCUUUACAUAAUAACACAGCUUUAUAGCUGAUAUAGCGCAUAAUUAACUGUAAAUAUCAACUUAUCGUCAUAAGUUUAAUGAAAUACAGUGAUUAAGAUGCUUGAAUGUUACAUAACUUACCAAAUUUUUAAUUAACUCAACUUAAGUAGUUUCUUCUUCAGGCAUAAACAUGCAUAAAUACAUUUCACUUACACAUAUUUUUUUAAAUAAGCUUAUGACAUUUGUUUUCCGCUCACUUUGUACACUCUUUCAAACAAGAGCUAUUUCUCAUCUAGGUAGAAAUAUUAACUGUCUACCGGCUUUCAAAUGAAUUCCUUCUACUUCUAGAAAAUGCUAUUUUAUAAAUACACAGCAACGCCGCAGAAAUAAAAGGACGUUAUAGGCCAAGAUUGCAGAUGCACGGUGCUUCGAAGGACUGAUAAUAGGGUAUUAACUGAACAUUUGAAGAUGUGGAAGCUGAGUCACUACAUUGAAAAAAUAUUAACAGAGCUGAUAAACAAGUAUGGUAGACUAAUUAACUACCGGGGUUCUAAAAUCACCAUGACCUGCACUGGAUACAGUACCCUUGUGUACUUCGAAGGAUUGUCAUUUCUACAACAGUUUCUAUAAAUAUUUUUGUAGACGCAAGCAAUCAAAAAUGCUCCAGAUGCAAACGCUUAAAAUAAUACUUAUAUGUUAUUACCAUCUAACAUUCUUCAUAAGUUGCAAGUUCUUGUUAAAAAAUGAAAAGAACAAAACACAAUCUCCUGCUAAACUAUUGAUUCUCAGUAUUAUAAUUAUGGAUGUAUAUGAAGGUUUGGUAACAGCCAGUUUGCAUGCUUGUUCUCUCUCAUGUU